AUGUUGGAAGACACGAAUCAAAGGCAUCUACAAAUUGAAAAAAUGACUAAAGAAGCAGCGAUUCGGCAUAACCAGCUUCACCCAGGUGGAGAAUCGAUUUCCGAGAGAAACAAUGGAGCAACUACAGUACCAAUUCCAGUUGAACCACCAAUACCAGCUCCAAUCCCACCACCACCUCUAGGAAUUCCCUCAACACGAAUCGUCGUUCAACCAGCUCCACCUCCGACAAUUGAAGACGAUAGAACGUUUUUAGCAAAAAUGUCCGAACAAGAAGCUCUUGUAAACCAGUUGAAUUCCAUAGCCACACGAGAAGCUGUAUCUAGGAAUGGGUUGCUUGUAAUGGAAGGUGCUCUACUAAAUGCUCUUCGUCCUUUGACAAUGCCGUUUCUAGGAGCCGGACCACCGAUUCCUGGUCAUUUUGUGCCUUUUCAAAGAAUGCAAAGACCAAUUGAACAAUCUCCAGUAGAAAACAAUAUUGAAGUCCAAUCAAGACCUCCGGCCGCCCAACUUCCAAUGAGAGCCAACAAUUUGGAGACGUACGAAUUUCAGAAGGACGACGAAUUAGCUGAAAUGGUUAUCAGAAAUGAAACUGCUCAAUUAAUAUAA